UUACCACACCAUUCUCGCGCCUAGCUAGACUAGCUAACACCAACACCAACGAUGUCAUCUUCGUCACCGCCGCACGUCGUCGAGGACUUGCCCCACGUCCUCCAGCUCCUCAGCGACGGCACGGUGGUCCGCUUCGACGACUACAACACGCUCCCUCCCCCGGCCGUACCUCCCGCGCCACCCGUCCAGUGGAAGGACGUCGUGUACGACGCCGCCCACGGCCUCAAGCUCCGCGCGUACAGGCCGCCGGAUGCCUGCGGGAAGCUGCCCGUGCUCGUCUACUUCCACGGCGGCGGGUACGUGCUCGGCACCUUCGCGCUGCCCAACUUCCACGCGUGCUGCCUCCGCCUCGCCGGCGAGCUCCCCGCCGUCGUCCUCUCCGCCGACUACCGCCUCGCGCCCGAGCACCGCCUCCCCGCGGCCCUGGACGACGCGGCGGCCGUCAUGUCGUGGGUGCGCCUCCAGGCCGCGGCGGGCGGGGACCCCUGGCUCGCCGAGUCGGCAGACUUCGGCCGUGUCUUCGUCGCCGGCGACUCGGCCGGCGGGAACAUCGUCCACCACGUCGCCGUCCGCCUCGGCUCUGGCGAGCUCCCCGGCCUCGGCCCGGCGAGCGUCGCGGGGCACGUCAUGCUCUGCCCGCUGUUCGGCGGGGUAGAGAGGACCGCGUCCGAGGCGGAGCUCCCGCCGGGCCCGUUCCUGACGCUGCCGUUCUACGACCAGAUUUGGCGGCUGGCGCUGCCGCGGGGCGCCACGCGGGACCACCCGUUUGUGAACCCGUUCGGGCCGGAGAGCCCCGCGCUGGGCGGCGUCGCGCUCCCGCCGACGCUCGUCGUGGCCGCCGGGCGCGACCUGCUGCGCGACCGCGUGGCGGACUACGCCGCGCGGCUGAGGGCGAUGGGGAAGCCCGUGGAGCUCGUCGUGUUCGAGGGCCAGCACCACGGGUUCUUCGUCGUGGAGCCUUUCGGCGAGGCCGCCAGCGAGGUGGUCCGCCUCAUCAGGCGCUUCGUGUACGGCGACGGCAGCGCUGACUCCAAGUGAGUUUGGGUGCUUCAGCUCUAAUCCGUCCAUGUGACAGAAUGUUCAGCAUCCAAUGGUGCUGCUGUCAUGGGUCCUUUGUUGUUUGUUGGAGUACUCGGACCAUGGUUGCGUUGAACAUUUUUGUAGUUGUAUGGGCAGGCUUUGCAAGUCUAAUUUGGAAUA